CACGGUGCCCUUCGUGGCCGGCUUUGCCGUCAUCACCGCCGCCCAGGAAGUGUGGAUGCUGCUCGGGGGCCGCCUCCUCACCGGCCUGGCCUGCGGCGUUGCCUCGCUAGUGGCCCCGGUCUACAUCUCCGAGAUUGCCUACCCUGAAGUGCGGGGGCUGCUGGGCUCCUGUGUGCAGCUGAUGGUCGUCACGGGCAUCCUCCUGGCCUAUCUGGCAGGCUGGAUCCUGGAGUGGCGCUGGCUGGCCGUGCUGGGCUGUGUGCCCCCCUCCUUCAUGCUGCUGCUCAUGUGCUGCAUGCCCGAGACCCCGCGCUUCCUGCUGACUCAGCACAAGCGCCAGGAAGCCCUGGCUGCCGUGCGGUUCCUGUGGGGCUCUGAGCAGGGCUGGGAAGAGCCCCCUGUCGGGGCUGAGCACCAGCAGGGCUUCCAGCUGGCCCAGCUGAGGCGGCCCGGCAUCUACAAGCCCUUCGCCAUCGGCAUCUUACUCAUGGUCUUCCAGCAGCUGUCGGGGAUCAACGCUGUCAUGUUCUACGCAGAGACGAUCUUUGAGGAGGCCAAGUUCAAGGACAGCAGCCUGGCCUCCGUCAUCGUGGGCGUCAUCCAGGUGCUGUUCACGGCCGGGGCGGCCCUGGUCAUGGACAGAGCCGGGCGGCGGCUGCUCCUGGCCUUGUCAGGCCAGGCCUGUGCUCACGGCAUCACCACCUCACACCGUAACCUGGCAAUGAACCUGCAAGGAAGGUGCCACUGGGCCCCAGCUGACAGUGUGGUCAUGGUGUUCAGCACCAGUGCCUUUGGCACCUACUUCAAGCUGACGCAGGGUAGCCCCAGCAACUCCUCACACGUCGACCUCCUGGCGCCAGUCUCCGUGGAGCCUGCCGACCCCAGUGUAGGGCUGGCCUGGUUGGCGGUGGGCAGCAUGUGCCUCUUCAUUGCUGGCUUCGCUGUGGGCUGGGGGCCCAUCCCCUGGCUCCUCAUGUCGGAGAUCUUCCCUCUGCGUGUCAAGGGCGUGGCCACCGGCGUCUGUGUCCUCACCAACUGGCUCAUGGCCUUUCUGGUGACAAAAGAGUUCAGCAGCCUCAUGGAGGUGCUCAGGCCCUACGGUGCUUUCUGGCUCGCCUCUGCCUUCUGCGUCGGCGGUGUCCUUUUCACUGUGUUCUGUGUCCCUGAAACCAAAGGAAAGACUUUGGAGCAAAUCACAGCCCAUUUUGAGGGGCGAUGACAGUCCCUUCCCAGGAGUGGCUGCCCUCCUAGCUGGGACAGUUUGGGUUUCGGAGGGGACAGAAGCCUGCCUGUGACUUCGAGCUGGGACUCAGCCAGAGCCCAGAGCCCCUGCCAGCCCCCAGGGAGCCAGGAGCCAGGACCUCGUCCUCCAGGUCCCUCCCUCCUGCUCAGCUCCCUACAGCCCCACGAGCCACGGGCAUGAGGUUCCCAGUCCCUGGGUCCAGCUCCCACCGUUGCUCUGAGACUGAGGAGGAGGGGACAUCUCGGAGGGUCUUCAGUGCCCUGUGGCAGGCCUCCGUGUGCCCUCCCUGUCGUGAUACGAAGCGACCGUGGAGGAGGGGACUCUUGGUUCCUCACUUUCUGGAGGAGGUGCUUUUGGAGGCUGGGUGGUGGCCCAUGGUCUCCUCACAGGAAUGCAUUUGUUGCCAAAUAAAGACUUGACUCAAA